GAUGCAGCGGGAGAGCCUUCGGGACUGAGCGUGGGGAGGGGGCGCUGGGCCUUGGGGUGGAGAGAUGAGGCCAAACUCCUGGGACAGGCGGGAGCCGGGCACGUGCCUUGGGUGUCCCGCCACGUGGGCCGGGCCUCGCAGGUCGUUCCUCGAGGCUGGUAAAAAUCAAGGUGACCCCAAGAAAAUGGCUUCUCCUCCAAAGGAGGGAGAAGAAGAUAGUGAAGAUGAGGAAAUGUCAGAUGAAGAAGAUGAAAGCAGUGGAGAAGAGGUUAUCAUUCCUCAGAAAAAAGGCAAAAAGGCUACCACAACUCCAGGAAAGAAGGUGAUGGUUUCCCCAACAGAAAAGAUUGCAGUUGCCACAGCAGGCAAGAAAGCAGUUGUCACUCCUGGCAACGAGGCAACAGCUAUACUGGCUCCUGGCAAAAAGGCAGCAGUUACACCAGCCAAAGCCGUAGCAACCCCUGGUAAGAAGGAAGCAGCCACCCCAGACAAGGGAGCAGGGAAUAACAAGAAUGCCAAGAAGGAAGAUAGUGAUGAGGAAGAUGAUGGCAACAGUGAAGAGGAGGAUGAGGUUGAAUUUGAGCCAGCAGUGAUGAAAGCUACUGCUGCUGCCCCUUUCUUGGAUGAUGAUGAUGAAGAAGACGACUCUGAAGAAGAACCAAUGGAGAUUACACCAGCCAAAGGCAAGAAAGCUCCUGUAAAAGCUGUUCCUGUGAAGGCCAAGAGCACAGGAAAUGAAGACGAAGAGGAGGAUGACGAAGAGGAGGAUGAAGAUGAAGAUCAUAUUAAAAAAACACCUGAUAAACAGAAGAAGAAAAGGGCCAAACAGAAGGCUUCCCCUGAAACCAAAAAACAGAAAUUAGAAGCUGAACCACCUGUAACUUUCAAACUGUUUGUUGGAAACCUGAAUUUCAACAAAACUGCUGCUGAACUAAAAACUGGUCUCAGGGAAUUUUUUGCUAAAAAUGAACUCACAGUUGUUGGUGUCAGAGUCAGCUCGUCCAGGAGAUUUGGUUAUGUGAAUUUUAAAUCUGUUGACGAUCAGGAAAAAGCCCUGGAACUCAGUGAGACAAAGGUCCUUGGGUAUGAAAUUAAAUUGAAGAAACCAAAGGGAAAGGAAACAAAAAAAGAUCGAAAUGCCAAAACACUUUUGAUCAAGAACUUGCCUAGCAAGGUCACUGAGCAUGAACUAAAGGAAGUGUUUGAGGAUGCUUUUCAAAUCAGAUUUCUGAGCAAUGAUGGGAUAAGUAAAAGUUCUCUCUCCCCACCCCAUCCCCACAACUGCAGAAUUGCCUAUAUUGACUUCAAGUCACAAGCUGAUGCAGAGAGAACCUUGGAAGAGAAGCAAGGGACAGAAAUUGGAGGGCUUGCCAUAGUUCUGGAGCAUGUUGGAGAGAAAAAUCAAGGCCAAGAAGAGAGGGCCAGGAAGAACAGAAGUUGGAGAGGAAAACAAAAGAUAGAACAAGAAAGCCACACAUUUCAAGAAAAAUGGGAGAGAGCUUAUUUCUUUGUGGAGGUAAAAAAUGUUCCUAUGUGUUUAAUAUGCAAAGAGAGUCUGUCUGUGUCGAAAGAAUAUAACCUAAGAUGCCAUUAUGAAACAAACCACAGUAGGAACCUUGUUGGAUAUACAGAAAAGAUGCGUGAUAAAAAACUCAAUGAACUGAAAAAAAGGUUGAAACUUGAACAUGAUUUGCUUUUGAAUGUGAAUAAAAUAACUGAUGCUGCCAUGAAAUGUAGUUACGUGUUACGUGAGAAAAUUGCCCGGGCAUCAAAACCCCUUACAGAUGGUGCGUUUAUAAAGGAAUGUCUACUGAGUGCUGCAGAAAUUUUGUGCCCUGAACAGAGACAAGUGUUUGCCAACAUAAAUCUCACUGGUAAUAUUGCUGAGCAGCAUGUUGCCAAUGUGACUGAGAACUUACAGAACACCUUGCAAGAAAAAGUUAAAUCAUUUGUGGCUUUCUCUAUUGCAGCUCAUGAAAGCACUUAUAUAAAUAACGCCCCCCAGUUAGCUGUAUUUAUUCGCGGUGUUGAUGAAACUUUUGAUGUGACUGAGGAACUUUUGGACAUGGUACCCCUGACGGGCACAACAUCAGGAAAUGACUUAUUUUUAUGUGUUGAGAAAAGUCUUAGAAAAUUUGAUGUAGACUGGUCAAAAUUAGUAAGUGUUAGCACAGAUGGUAAUUCUGCAACGGUUGGUGUGAAGCAACUUGUUACAAAACUUAAGUCUAAAGUGUCAGGGCUUUGCAAAGACACAGAACUUAAAUCUGUGCAUGGCCUCUUUCUCCAAGAAUCCCUCUGUGCUAAAAAGUUACAAAUGGAUCAUGUCAUGGACAUAGUAAUUUACACCAUAACGUGGCUGCAUUCCCAUGGCUCGACCCACAGGAAGUUUAGUGCUUUGUUCAGUGAGUUAGACACACAGUAUGGACACCUGACCUACAUGGAACUGAAGUGGCUGAGCCGUGGAAUGGUGCUAAGGCAGUUUUUUGAACUGUUGGAAGAAAUUGACAUUUUCAUGUCUUCUAAAGGAAAAUCUGUGCCUCAGCUUCGUAACAAAGAUUGGAUCAAAGACCUAGCCUUUUUGGUUGACAUUAUGACUUAUGUAAACAUGUUGGAUGUUGCUCUGCAAGGGCAUUCGCAGAUGGUUACACAAAUGUACCAUGCAGUUCGCUCUUUCCUAGCGAAAUUGUGUCUUUGGGAAACUCACUUGGCAAGAAACAAUCUGGCCCACUUCCCGACGCUGAGACUAGUUUCUGAAAAUGAAAGUGAUGGGCUGAACUACAUUCCCAAAAUUAAAGAGUUGAAGACUGAAUUUCAAAAAAGGUUCUCUGAUUUCAAACUUUAUGAAAAUGAACUUAUACUGUUCAGCUCACCUUUCUCAAUUAAUAUUAAUAAUGUGAAUGAAGAGCUACAAAUGGAGGUUAUUGAAUUGCAGCACAACACUAUAUUGAAAACUAAAUAUGAUGAUGUUGGAAUCCCAGAAUUCUUCAAAUAUCUUGGGAAUAGUUACCCUAAAUAUAAAAAUCAUUGUGCAAAGAUUCUGUCCAUGUUUGGAAGUACAUAUAUUUGUGAGCAACUAUUUUCUGUUAUGACACAAAAUAAUACUAUUGUUCCCAGUUAAAGGAUUCAAAAAUGAGUUUGCUCCUGCAUAUUGCUACGAGAGGUCCCCAACCUGACAUUGACUGACGGGCAUUAGUGAGUAACAUCCCAUUUUAGAUUUCAAAUCUGAGGAGUAACAAAUUAAAAAACUCUGAAUAAUUAUUUCUAUUUCCAAAUUACAUUUUUCUAAUGUCAACUUAAAGCACAAUCUCUGGCAUCAUUUGUUUGUACCUUAUAACAUAAAAUAAAGUUUGAUUAUACCCUGGCA